CGCCGGUUUGUUGUUGAUGCACAUGAAAGGCCCAUUUAUUUAAAGCUCUUAUUUCGUUCAUAGUCAUUCGAAACUAUCUCGUCUCAUCGAUUUCGCCAACAUGUUACACUUAUUUGUUCUACUGGUAGUUUUAAACUAUAAACAAGGAUCCUCAAGGCCAACCUAGCUGGGUCGAUAAUCUUGUCCGGCGUGUUAUGAUCCAGACUCCAAAGCAGUCACCUGUGUACUGUCCUGGGCAUACCAGGCCAGUCGUUGACAUCUGUUAUAGUGGAGAGACAGAUUGUGGUCACCUUUUCAUCACCGCUUCAAAAGAUGGUAAAGCAAUUCUACGCCAAGGUGAUACAGGAGAUUGGAUUGGAACAUUUUUAGGUCAUAAAGGAGCUGUUUGGUCAUGUGUCCUAGAUAAACAUGCUACUAAGGCCGCUACAGGGGCGGCGGAUUUCACUGCCAAAGUGUGGGAUGCAAACUCCGGUUCAGAGCUCCUUUCAGUCACUCAAGAUCAUAUUGUUCGGUGCGUUGACUUGAGCAAAACUGACUCAGGCGCAAAGUUACUCACUGCUAAUAACUGGAAAAAGAUUUCUGUCUAUGAUCUAAACUCUCCUGAAUCACCCAUAUCUGUAUUCGAGGGACAUAAACAAAUAAUUCGUCGAUUGCUAUGGUGUGGUGAAGACAAACUUGCUCUAUCCAUAUCGGAGGAUAAAACUAUCCGCCUGUGGGAUCUCCGAGAUAUUCUGAAGCCAGCUGCAGCUCAUCAGAUAUGGUCCAAGGAAUUAUCAGACCCAGUCAACGAUAUUCAAUUCCAUAUCCCUUAUAAUGACGAUCAAGUGAAGGCUGUGGUAGCAUGUGGGAAUUCGAUCCAGACUUAUACGUUUGACUGGCGUUAUAGUAACUUGGUAGAGGCACCUGAAGCUUUUCCAAAAUUCAAUCUAUCGUGUCCAGUAAAUUCUGUCAGCUUGCAUCCCACUGAAAAAUUACUUGUGUGUGGUGGAGAUGAUCACGUAAUAUAUCGAUUAAAUUCGGAAACUGGUGAAAUAUUAGAAACCUGCAAGGGACAUUUUGGCCCUCUACAUUGUGUUAGAUUUUCUCCUGAUGGACUCGUCUUUGCAAGCGGUAGUGAAGAUGGUACUGUUCGUUUGUGGCAAACUGUUGUUGGAAGUGACUUUGGAUUAUGGAGAUUGACUAUACCAAAUGAAGUUUCUACUGUUAAUUGCUCAAAUUUAUCUGUAUCUGCAAACGAUCACUGUAGCACGAGUUUAGCCGAAGUACCGGCUACUGGUGAUACUAUUAAUAGUUAAUCCUUUUACAUAUAUUUUCAUCAUGAAUCUCAUCGGAAAUAUUGUGGUUUGUAUAAUCCAUAACAUUAUGUUAAUGUUAUGGACAAUCUCAACCACAAACUAUUGCUGAGAACUAAUUAAGAGGACUUUGUACAGUAUUAACUUCAGUCAACAACCUUGUCAACAGUUGUAUGAAUAGACUAUUUUUGAUAAGAUAUAAAUCUUAUAUACCUGUAGUUUGUUUUAUUCACACUCUAGAUCAUUAAAAUCGAUACUCAGUAUUAGAGUGUGUAAAUUCUGUUGUAAAUUUUAUUGUACUAGCUUCUUUACAAUGCUUGUAUUGAUAUUUCGAUACCUGAUGGAGUGUUAAACGAUCAUUGGUUAAAAUACUUCAAGAAUAGUGAUUGAACUGCCUCAUCUUACUUACUUUGGUUUAGAUAACCAUGCAGCAUUACGUGCAUUUAUAUAGUAUAGUUUAAAACUGUGGUCAUGAAGUUUAUAGUUCGUUAUUAUUACCAUAAGGAUAAUAAGGGAGAGAUAACUGCUUCACUUUAGACAGACAUUGUUUUAGCUAAUGGGAGUAGCUUAAAGAAGUCAGUGAACAUGUAAGUUUAUUUGAUUAAAUCAUUAUCAGAAUUAGAUUCCGGACUAAACUGGUUUCCAUAAAAGUAAACUGAAUUGGAAGUUGGGUCAAAGUCAUUGUUUUCUACACGUUGCUUUAUUUCUACCUGACCAUAGGAACUAAUCAGGAUCUUGUCCCAGUAUAUUCUGACUAGUAAUUCACGAUAAUAUAACAUCUUUUAUUCGUGCAAUCGUAUUGGAAUGAACCGAUGCAUACUACUUACUACCAACUAGAGGCACUCCAACUUGUAGGUAAAUAUCAAUCCGUCAGGUCUUCAAAGUUAUUUCUUAACUAAGAAUGAUCAUUAUGUUGUAAAACAAUGAGUAAUAACGAUGUUGAAAUACAGUAUCGAAAUUUUUUGCACAGGGCUUAUUCAAAAGAACAGCUGGAUACUGCAGUACACCUAUCAUACUGAGAACAUGAUAUAUCACAUUGGAUAUUUCAUGUGACUGAAAAUCCAGUAUUCCUAAAAAUUCUCCCACAGACAGAAUCUGGUGUUAUGAUGCAUGUGGUUGGGAAUAUCUAGUACUAAAUACAAAUGAAUCAUUGAACCGCGAUACUGAAAAACAAAUUAUACAAAACCCCUUAAUUAACGUCGUUGGUACACAGCUACUAGUUAAUUUUUAUUCUAACAUAUAUCAAGGAGAUCGCUAUAAAAACAAUUCAUAAACUAAUCCCACAAGGAUUCUAACCUGACGAUUGAUUUGCAUAUUUAAGUUAAGAUAUCCUCAAUACUGUACUAUUUACAGAAAAGGUACGAAAAACCCACAAGUUUCGA